CCACUGGUACCUGUCCACAACAAUUAGGUUUGCAUUUGCACGCCACUUCCUCCCAAGCCUUGACAAAUAGGCACAUAUGAUGGAUCACUUUGAUGCACGGAUCGAAGCUGAGAGAGAGGAGAUGAAGAAGAACUCGGCUGGCCACAGCUUGAGGGUGCCAAUGGCGAAGCUCAGAGCCUAUAACGCCAUUCCCCGAGAUAAGCAGGCACGGGCGAUACUACUCAUCGCGGCCGCCGCGACCAAAACGCCCGCUAUCGUUGGCCCCAGUGCCGCUACGGCCGCCGCCUUGCUCGGGCCGCUGCUGACGAGAUCGUUGUCGCUUCAAAGCUCGACGGCGGGAGAGCCACCGCAGGUCGAGCUGCAACCUGAACUGCCCAUGGCGAGGCGGAAAUCGCUGCAGCGCUUCCUCGAGAAGCGCCGGAACCGGUUGGUGAGCGCAGCUCCAUAUGCUUCAGCAAAGUCAUUAGACAUGGAAGGUGACUCUGAGAGGCGCCCUCAACUCAACUCAGCUAGCCUGCUUGCUAUGACGGCCAAAUCCACAGGCAACUGAGUCAAUGGAUCAUCCACUGUUAUCAGAAACAAUAUUAUGACGCUUUAGAUGAACCAUUAUGGACUAUGGGUAUCACUGUUAUGAUGAGCUUGCAGUAUCCAGAAACAUGCUAAUAUAUUGCUCCUGUCAAAUGCUGUAAAUGGCAGAUGGUAUUGUAGUAUCAAUCUCUCUGAUGCAGAAUUCUAGGAAGUAUUGAUUACUGCUUAGUAAACUUUAUGAAGUAUUGAAAUCCAACAAUAUAAAAAUUACAUUUGAGAUCUAUAUAUUUA